ACCAUGCCUAAAAAUUAUUGUACACAAGCGAAACAAAUUUGAUGACUUGAGUGCAUUCCUCCAUGCAAUAAAACAAGUUUAAAAUAUGCAUUUAUGAGGUCAUCGGGUGGGUAUGCGUAAUGUGUCUCCCCAUGUAUGCAAGGAGACAUAAUAUAUGCGUAGGAAAGGUCAGUUGUCAUAUAUGAAAUCAUUAACUUGCGUCAAUGAUGAUCAAUAAAAGAACAAUUAUAUAAGUAUUAUAAGAAUUUUUAUGUCAAUCGGAAAACUGAAAAUCAACAUUUAGACCAUGUUGACAUAUUUAAUCAUUGUGCCAAAAAUAUGGUGAACCAUUACAUAUUUUUCUUAACUACAGACGCAAUGAAGUACUUUAAAUAUUCAUUGGCCGUGGUUAUGGGAUGGGGUCUUCGGUGAGGUCAGUCGUUGUUCAUAAUUUCUAACGCUGCAUGCAUAUUUUGCAUAGAAAAAAUGAUACAUUUCUCAUCUGAAUUUGCAUAGCUAGUGGUCUGCUGGUUAGUGAAAGUCCUGCUGCUCUGCCUAUGUAAAUCUAGCUGAACUAUGACACAACGUGCUCCUGGUCCCCCUCCAUCUUCAUCUUCACUUCUUUCUUUCUCUCCGUUCGCUCUCCUCAAUCGGUCGAGUAUCAAUUGUUAUCAUUUACUAAAAAAUAUCUACCUCCCAAUUUUGACAGAGGAAUUGUCCAGCCAAGAAAUAUGGAGACUGUAGUUCAAGACAUCUGGGAGAAGAAACGAUGCCUCAAAUCUCCUGACGAAAGGGUUGGAACAAAGCCCAAGGGAUUCUUCUACUUUCCAAAAUGGACGGCAACUGAAUUGACAGAUCUUGAACAGGAAUUAAAUGAGACGAAGAGCCUUUUGGCUAAGUACCCGUUGGACUCCAGGGAGAAACACAUGAGGCAAAUGAACAGGUCUGGUGGGGUGGUUCCAAUGGUGAGGAAAGAGUUUCAUCCCGAAUUCUGCAACCAGGCCUGGUGCAAAAUGUACGAGUGCCUCAGCACUUUUUCUCUGGUGCCUGAAAAUAUUAUCAAGUAUGCCGUCAAACCAGGAGGAAAUGUGAUUCCACAAUUUCUCUCCAUACAUUUGUGUGAAGCCCCCGGUGGAGCCUUCGUGUCGGCAACAAAUCACUACCUAUCGACGAAUUAUCCUACCAUUAAGUGGGACUGGCUCGCGACCACCCUGAAUCCAACCUACGAGGGAAAUAGUGCUCGGACUGCGAUGAAUGCGGAUAACUUGACAUUUACGUCUUUGAAUAACUGGAUUUUUCUAAAAGAUACGACGGGGAACAUUAUGAACAGGAAAAACUUCAACAGUCUGAUUGAGGAAGUCCAAAGAAAAUGUCAAAGUUUUCAACAUCCAGUGGAUUUGGUCACUGCGGAUGGAAGCAUUGAUGUUCGGACGAAUCCCAUGGAACAAGAGAGCGCAACAGAAGAGCUACAAUUUGUAGAAAUGAUUGCAGCCCUUUCAGUUUUGAGUCCUGGGGGAAGUUUUGUACUUAAAGUGACAAGCUUUUUAGACUGUCAAUCAGUUUGUCAGUUGUAUAUUCUGUGCUCCUUGUUUGAAGAGGUUUUUCUAUUCAAACCAACCACGAGUAAUGAGGACAAUUCCGAAAUUUACGCCGUUUGUUUGAAGUACAGUGGUCGUAGCCAUUUUAGAACCCAAUUGAAAAUACUAGUUGAAUUCGUGGGGACAAACACGUCAAUUUUGAGACAAAAUGCUAUGAUAAGUCGCAACAUAUUAUUUUUCAAUAAAUUUAUGGACACUAUUUUCGACGCGGCUUCGUUCUUCACCGGACUCCAAGUUGCCGCCAUAAAACGCUAUAUCAAAACUUGGGAGGAUAAAAAGGGAUUAUCUUUAGCCAUCUAUCUGCACGAGCUACUCCAACGCAAAAUUGCUUUUAAUUGGAUUGAUCAAUGUGACAUGAGGUCUCUCCCACACGACAAGUCUUUAAUACCCUUCCAGCGUCAUAUUAUUAUGGAGAUGGGUUACGAAGAUAAACCUAUAUUGCAUCAGUCGACAAGUUUAUUUGAACAAAUUGAAAAAAUCCAACGACAAAUAGAAUAUUAUCAUGGUUUUCAAAGUUGGUCAUGGGAAGUGUCUGAAAUAUCGGGGUCGCUUUCACAACUCUCCCCUCUCGUGGGUCGUCGGUAUAGCGAAAUCUUAAGUUCUCGUUUCUGUUUGGGAAACAUUCUUGACUUGCGAAGCAAAUUGAGGGCAGCGGUCCGUCCCGUGCGGUCAUUAAUAUGCUGCAAAAUUUGGAUGGCUGGGCGCAAGCAGUGUGAUGCUUGUAAUCGUGACCGUAUUCGGUCUCAUUUUUCAGGAGUAUUAACUGACCUCCCUGAUCUUUGCUCGGAAACAGACUGGGAAUUUAGCUUGCUCUGUUGUGCAGAAACCGUUAACGACAUCUUACACUUCUCUGAUGCCCAAAGAAUGAAAAAUUGUCUUCUUAAAUUGCUCCUGGCAAUUACUGGACUUAAAGUUAACCAAUCCUUGUUCCUCUGCACAUUUCCACUCUUGUCGAGAAUUCAACUCGGGUUCAUUUAUGCACUGAAUUCGGUUUUCAGUAUGGUUGUACUCAGCACAGGAGGGAACGUGUACUGUUCAGAGUACCCCCAAGGAAUUCUCCUGCAUCGAUAUAAAGGUAUUAAUUCCCCCCCCCCCGAUCGAGAACUAAUGAUGGGAUUGGCCCGUAUUGUUAUGAGUAUGGAUAACGACGACGAAGCAGGUUCUGGUGAAGCGAUAGUGGAAAUAGUACCAGCUAAGAACCUUAUUGAGCUUAGAAAUUUUAAAGAUAUUUUCCACUACAACAUGACCAACACUGCAAACGAAUUGUGUCAAAUUAUAACGGAAACUAAAGAUGUCAUCAAACAGCCAGACGAAUAUGCAGAAUAAUAACAAUAUACAAUUAGCCCCCAUGCAAAAUUGAUGAACAUCAAAAAUAUCUCGUUUUGUUAUUUAGAUUACUUACUGGAGUCGAAAACGUAAUUUUUAUGUUUGACAGUUGAUUCGGCUUGAUAUGUGCUUGUGGUCUAAUUUUAUUUCAUGAUAGUAGUGAUCUAUAUUCUUAACAUUUUUAUACCUUAUCAGAUUGGAUGCAUGUAUUAUUACGUUGUUUGCUUAUAUAUUGUAUGUAUCCGUUUGUAUUUAUUUACUUGAUUUUAUUGCAUGUUGUGUACGUAAUCUUGUAUAAUUGCUUAUAUAUGUAUGUACAUAUGUAUUUAGAUAAUUAUAUCUAACAUGAUGAGGUCAGUCAUUGUUCAAGAGUUGCUUGACUUUUAAAAGCAACAUACAAAUU